AUUGAGCCUCAAGAGAUAGCAGAAAACAGCUUUUGGGUAAAAGCUGAAGAAGAUAAAUUUGAAAACCCAGAACUGUUUGCAAAAUUGGCCCUUACCUUUGGAACACAAAUGAAAGGCUUGUUUUAUGUGGUGACAAAAUACUUGGGCUUCUGGACUCUUUUACUGAGAACUUGUGAAGGAGAUAUUCGUCACUUUUGCAAAGAGUACCUGGACAGUCUUAACUACUUAUUGGAGGAUUCUGCCAUCAUUCCAGGGCUGUUAAUGCAGUGGAGGACUGACAUAAACUUGAUUAGUGAGUAUGUUCUGGGAAGUGAAACAGCUAAAAAGGCAGUAGAAGAAUCAGAAGAAAAGAAAAUAGCCCAGUCAAAGAAAAGGAUUAAAGAAUUAAGAAUUUUGGAUGGAAAAACCGCACAAAACUUAUCAAUAUUUUUGGGUUCUUUCCGUUUGCCUUAUGAAGAAAUAAAAAAUAUAAUUUUAGAGGUUGAUGAAGAGAAGCUGAGUGAAUCCUUGAUUCAGACUGUAACAGAGAAUCUUCCUGAGCAGAAAGAACUCAAUGCCUUAGCUGAAUUAAAGGAUGAAUAUAAUGAUCUUGCUGAGCCAGAACAAUUUGGAGUUGUGAUGAGUUCAGUGAAAAUGUUGCGGUCACGUCUCAAUGGGAUCCUUUUCAGACUUAUGUUUGAAGAGCACGUAAACAAUAUCAAACCUGACAUUAUGGCAGUUACACUAGCUUGUGAAGAGCUGAAGAAGAGUGAAAGCUUUAGUAAGCUUCUAGAGUUAGUGCUGUUCCUUGGAAACUACAUGAACUCUGGCUCCAGAAACGCACAGUCUCUUGGUUUUAACAUCAGUUUUCUUUGCAAGAUUCGAGAUACUAAAUCAUCAGAUCAGAAGACAACUCUAUUGCAUUUUCUGGCAGAAACCUGUGAGGAGAAUUACCGGGACAUCUUAAAAUUUCCAGAUGAACUGCAGCAUGUUGAGAGCGCAAGUAAAG